AUGUUGCAUCUCUCUGCCAAUAGUGAACAAUCAGUCAACAUCGAUAAUACCAUCUGUGGUGGCCCACCAUCCGUCAUCAUCUGUGUUCAACGAACACUCGAUGAAAUAGCUACAGCAGCCAAGAACAUCCACUCACUGACCAUACAAAUCGAACAAAACGUUCGUCAACGAGAUCCAAAUACACUCACUCUACAAAAUCACAUCAUCAACAAACUAUCCAGCAUCAACAACUCAUUACCAUCAUCCAAAACUCAUCAACAGUUUAUGAUCAUGAACAACAUCGAUAAAAGUGAUCUGGUACAUCUGAUGAAGGAGCAAGACUAUGCUGCUAGUUAUCUCUACAAAUCAGUGGAUGACAUCCGACAUCUACAUUACACUCAAAUGAUGAUCACAGUUCGAUUGUUGCGACAAUGGAUGGAUCUGAUCAGCGAGAUUCUCGAUAAACUUGAAGGGAAACUACAGUAA